AUGAGGAGGGCUACGCAGCUUCUAAUCAGCGCGUCCGUGCCUAAAUACGUGCCUCGAACAAGCAUCGCUGGUCAUGCAUUACGCUUGGCAUCACGAAACAGACAUGCAUCAACAGGAUCCAACAUCAACACGCAACCACCACCGCCGCCAGCGUCUCAAAAUGUUGGAAUCAGUAUUCUACAGAUGACACUAUCGCUAAUAUUAGGUGCUGCUGGUGGCUCACUGCUACUCUACCAAAACCGUGACACUAUAUUCGCUGGAAUGAAGAGUAAUGCUGAUUUCUCCAAACCAAAGGUCUAUGGUGGUAGAAGGGAGUUUGAUGCGGCGCUGGAGAAGAUUAAGAAGAUUGUUCCUCAUGAUGACAUUGACCUGGACGAGCACCAACUAAAAGACCACGGCGAAUCAAAAUGGUCCUACCACAAUCUCGGAUUACCAGAUGUCGUCGUAUCGCCAACAACAAUCGACCAAGUCUCUCAGAUUAUUAAAAUUGCGUCCGAGUACAGGAUACCCGUCAUUCCAUACGGAGGCGGUACAUCUCUAGAGGGCCAUUACACUGCACCACAAGGCGGUAUCUGUUUAGACAUGGUGCAUUUCGACAAGAUCGAGUUACAUGAAGAGGAUAUGGAUGUUGUUGUUGGGCCUGGUGUUGGGUGGGAGUACUUGAAUGAGGUGCUGAAACCAAGUGGGGUGUUUUUCCCCACUGAUCCUGGUCCGGGUGCCAAGAUUGGUGGAAUGAUUGCUGUUGGGUGCAGUGGAACGAAUGCAGUGAGAUAUGGAACAGUCAGAGACUGGGUUUUGUCAUUGACAGUUGUGAUGCCUGAUGGUUCAAUAGUGGUUACUCGCCCACGAGUCAGGAAAACCAGCGCUGGUUAUAACCUAAAUCAGCUCAUGAUCGGAAGUGAAGGAACAUUAGGAGUUAUUGUGGAAGCAACACUGAAACUCGCAGCUCUCCCUAAAGAAACCUCCAUAGCAGUCUGUGACUUUCCAGAUAUUCGAUCUGCUGCAAAUGUAGUAGCAGAUGUCGUUCGCUCAGGUCUCCAAAUUGGCGCCAUUGAAAUCCUUGACGAUGUUAUGAUGAAAUGUAUCAACCAUGCAAACCCUCGUAUCAGCCAACCGGAACGGCCGACGUUGUAUUUCAAAUUCAGUGGACAAUCUAAAGUACAAGUUGACAAUGAUGUCAAAUUUGUUAAUGAUAUUGCUAAGAAAUAUAGUGGUGGUAAAUUCAGGUUUGCUAAAAAUGAGAAGGAGAAGGCUGAUCUUUGGGAAGGCCGGAAGAAUGCCUUAUGGUCUACAGUAGCUAUGCAGCCAGAAAGAUCGGUCUGGACUACCGACGUAGUUGUGCCAGUGUCCAAGCUCCCCACACUCAUGGAGCAAACCCAAGCUGACUUGAAAACAUCCUUCUUAUUGGCACCCAUGGUGGGCCAUGCUGGCGAUGGCAAUUUCCAUCUGAUCAUUAUGUUCGACCCCAAAAUUCCAAAAGAAGUUGAAGAAGCUACUCGAAUCAACAACAAUGUGGUUGGGCGAGCUCUGCAGCUUGGCGGAUCGUGUACUGGAGAACAUGGAGUUGGCAUUGGUAAAAAGAAGUACCUCACAAAAGAACUUGGAGCAGAGACACUCAAAGUCAUGUGGCAGCUGAAAGAAACACUUGAUCCGUAUGGAAUAAUGAAUCCUGGUAAAGUGCUGCCUGGGUUGAAUGGUGAUGCUGAUCAUCACCACCAUUAA